AUGCCUGGUGAAGUGAUCGAUCGCCCAAACCCCGAACCUGCGCCCUCGAAUGUCCCUGACUAUGUCUCGGAUCUGCUCGUCAAACUCGACAAGCCGACGUUGGCUGACAAGACCAAUGAUGCUAUUGCAAAGUAUAGGCGCGCAGCCAACUACAUCGCUGCCGCCAUGAUCUUUCUGCAGAAUAAUGUUCUUCUUCAGCGGGACCUGAAAUUUGAAGACAUCAAGCCCCGAUUGUUGGGCCACUGGGGGACGUGUCCUGGUCUUACCCUUGUCUACUCACAUCUUAACCUCCUGAUCAAGGCUCAUGAUCUGGACAUGUUGUACGUUGUUGGGCCAGGUCACGGAGCUCCAGCCAUCCUGGCCAAUCUGUGGCUCGAAGGGUCUUUGGCCAGAUUCUAUCCUCAUUGUUCGCAAGACGCCCAAGGUCUCCAUAACCUCAUCUCGAAUUUUAGCACGACAGGUGGAUUCCCAAGUCACAUCAAUGCUGAAACACCUGGUGCCAUUCACGAAGGUGGAGAGCUUGGGUAUGCUCUCAGCGUGAGUUUUGGCGCUGUCAUGGAUAACCCAGAUUUGAUCGUCUGUUGCAUCGUAGGCGACGGUGAGUGCGAGACGGGCCCGACUGCAACGGCGUGGCACAGUUACAAGUACAUCGAUCCGCGGGAGUCCGGAGCAGUCCUGCCGAUUGUGCAUGUUAACGGUUUCAAGAUCAGCGAGAGAACCAUCUAUGGGCAAGUCUCUCCCCCCCAAAUACAUCGGUGUAUGGAUGACAAGGAAAUGGCGGCCUUGUUCACCGGAUAUGGAUAUCAACCGAGAGUGGUUGAUGACCUGGACGAUAUUGAUGCAGACCUCUCUAACUCCAUGGAAUGGGCUCUUGCUGAAAUCAGACGAAUACAAGCAGCGGCCAGAAGCGGAAGUCCCAUAAUGAAACCACGUUGGCCAGUGCUAAUUCUCCGUACUCCGAAAGGAUGGUCUGGACCGAAGAAAGUCCACGGUCAAAUCGUCGAAGGCUCCUUCCACGCGCACCAGGUCCCUCUGCCUAAGGCUAAGACCGACUCCGAGGAACUGAAGCUGCUUCAAGGAUGGCUGGAGUCCUACAAGCCAAAGGAACUGUUCAAGGACAACGGUGAUGUAAUCGACGAUAUCAAGUCUACCAUCCCCGAGAAACCCGACCGCCGUCUUGGCCAGAAGAAAGAAGUAUAUAACGCCUAUCGAGGACUAAAGCCUAUUGAUUGGCGCAAUUUUGCUGUGAAAAAGGGCACUUCGGAGAGCUCCAUGAAAACUGUGGGCAAACUUCUCGAGGAGAUUGUCAAAGACAACCCCACCACAUUCCGGAUCUUCUCUCCAGACGAGUUCGAGUCCAACAAGCUGGAUGCAGUCUUGAGUUCUACCAAUCGCAACUUCCAGUGGGAUCAAUUCUCCAAUGCGAGGGGCGGUCGUCUGAUUGAGACCCUCUCCGAACACCAAUGUCAAGGCUGGUUACAGGGCUACACGCUCACGGGUCGAGUCGGCCUAUUCCCGAGCUACGAGGCUUUCCUCGGUAUCAUUCACACCAUGAUGGUGCAGUAUGCAAAAUUCGGCAAGAUGGGUCGCGAGUCAAAGUGGCGCAACGACAUUGCCAGCAUUAAUUAUCUCGAGACGUCGACGUGGACACGGCAAGAGCACAAUGGCUUCUCACACCAGAAUCCAAGUUUCAUUGGCGCGGUGUUGAACCUGAAGCCACAUGCCGCCCGAGUCUAUCUUCCUCCAGAUGCAAAUACUUUUCUCUCUACAAUGGCACAUUGUCUUCAAUCCAAGAAUUACGUCAAUCUGAUGGUGGGCUCCAAACAGCCUUCUGCCAUUUUUCUCUCCGUGGAUGAGGCCGAGAAUCACUGCCGUGCCGGUGCGUCCGUUUGGAAAUUUGCCUCCACAGACGACGGGCUGAAUCCAGAUGUGGUAUUGGUGGGCAUUGGGGCCGAAUUGACCUUCGAAGUCAUUGCCGCGGCAGACUUGCUUCGGUCGAAGAUGCCUGAGAUGCGCGUGCGAGUUGUCAAUGUCACGGACCUCAUGAUCUUAGGGGCGUCUAGCAGCCACCCUCACGCUUUGACAAAUGAUGCUUUCGACGCUCUCUUCACCGAAGACGUUCCCAUCCACUUCAACUAUCAUGGUUACGCGAAUGAGCUGAAAGGGCUCUUGUUUGGGCGCCCUAAUAUGCAGCGUGUUACGAUUGCGAGCUAUAACGAAGAAGGAUCCACCACCACUCCUUUCAAUAUGAUGCUUGUAAACGGUACGAGUCGGUACCACGUGGCUAUGCAAGCUAUCAAGGGGGCGGCGAAGCGGAACGAGAAAGUCAGGUUGAGAUCACACGAGGUGAUGAGCGAACUAACGGGAAUGAUCAGCAAGACGCAGAAAUACAUCAUGGACGAGAAAACCGAUCCGGACUACCUCAAUGAUAUUGGGAAUUUCAAGAUUGAUACGGCUUCAAUGAGUGAAGGAUAA